AGAGCUAGCAACAAGGAGAAUCAAGGACGACGACCAAGGAAGGAACACAAUUAAUCAAACUGAAAAGCAAGCGUGCGUUGCGUGAGUGCGUACACAGGAAGCUCUGAUCAUCAUAUAAUUAAUGGCGCCAGUGGGAUUACCUCCUGGUUUCAGGUUCCAUCCAACAGACGAAGAGCUUGUCAAUUAUUAUCUCAAGAGGAAAAUUAAUGGCCAAGAGAUUGAGCUUGAUAUCAUUCCUGAAGUUGAUCUCUACAAAUGCGAGCCUUGGGAAUUAGCAGAAAAAUCAUUUUUGCCAAGCAGAGACCCGGAAUGGUACUUCUUUGGUCCCCGGGAUCGAAAAUACCCAAAUGGAUUUAGAACAAACAGAGCGACGAGAGCAGGAUACUGGAAGUCGACUGGGAAAGAUAGGAGAGUGACAUGCCAGAAUCGAGCCAUAGGAAUGAAGAAGACACUAGUUUACUACAGAGGGCGAGCCCCUCAGGGAAUUCGCACCGAUUGGGUCAUGCACGAAUAUCGCCUUGAUGACAAGGACUCAUGCUCCGACGACACCUCUUCCUCUUCCUCUUCCUCAUCCCCUUGUGCCGCCAUUCAGGAUUCUUUUGCAUUAUGUCGCGUGUUCAAGAAAAAUGGUAUCUGCUCGGAGAUGGAAGAGCAGCAAGGGCAAUAUAGUGCAUCCUUAAUUCAGGAAAGAUCAUCACAAGGUACCACUGGUAGUACUACAAAUUUUAAUGAUUGUGAAACCAUGUCGCCGGAUAUUCCGAUGACAGCAUCGUCAUGCCUGGAGGAAGAUGACAAAGACGAUUCAUGGAUGCAGUUCAUCACAGAUGAUCCAUGGAUGCACCAGUGUUCUACUAACCCUGCUAUGCCUGCUGAAGAGCACCUCUCUCAUGUCCCCUUCACAAACUAAUUAACUAAAUAUUUCCCCGAGUUUUUGGAUUUGAUGGCUGGAUUGGUGGUAAAUAACUUGAAAAAAUGCAUGCACACGGAUGCAAUUUUCUUACAAUAAAAUAAAACAUACAUACACGAUUUCAUAAAAGAAAACCAGACCAAGUUUGUAAGGGUUUUUCAUUAUAUAUCCUUCAUCAAUUUGUAGAUUGAUUAAUUAUCUUUGGCUGUCUUUAGCCAUUCUAGGAUGGUUUGGUUGGUGGCUUCUCUAGAGUCAGAUUAUCAGAUGACUCUAGUCUAGAGAUUUUGAUGUCGACUCAACCUCUUUCCGGAGGUGCUUUGGGUGGGGUGUUACUUGUGGAAUAAAAUUGUAUGCAACAUUUUUAGCAAUUGGAUUUCGAUGUUGGCCUCUUG